AAAUUCCCGCUAUUUACAAAAAAAUCACCGUACCACACAAAAAGAAGAAGAAGAAGCUUCUUCAGCAAUCUUGCACUCUCAUUUCAACUUCUACAUAUUCUCAUAGUUUUUCUUCUUCUUCUUCUUCUUUGUCACACUCACUUUAUAUCUAACUUCAAUGGAAAAAUUCCUUACCCAAUAACUAAAAAUGCAAUCUGAACGAAAACGAAAGCUCACAGGAAGAAACCCACUCUCCGAUUGUACCAACACUUCUUCUUAUUCUUCCUCUGUUCCCCUCAAAUCUACCAAACCCUAUCGUUCUUCUUCUGCGUUAAAAGAACCUCACACCGAAUUCACGUCAACUACCGGGAAUCUCGAUGGUGCAUCAAACCCUAACUCUCCUCCAUCUACCUUUCUUUCAACUCCUUUGCGUAAAACAUUGUCUCGUCGCGGGACUGUUGAUCUUGAAGCUUCUGAGCCUAUUUCUAUAGUAUACAGCCGAAGAACCUCUUCAAAUAAAAGAAAGGAUAUAAGGAAGGAAGUGGUUGUUCCAGCCCGUAACACGCCUAUUAGAAGAAAGGAUAUUGCGAAGGAAGUGGUUGUUUCUGCUAGUAGCACGCCCAUUAGAAGGAAGGAUAAAGAAAAGGAAGUGGUCAAUCCUGUGAGUAGCACACCCGUUAGAUGGAAGGAUAAAGGGAAGGAAGUGGUCAUUCCUGCAAGUAGCACACCCAUUAGAUGGAAGGAUAAAGGGAAGGAAGUGGUCAUUCCUGCAAGUAGCACACCUAUUCAAAGGAAGGAUAUAGGGAAGGAAGUGGACAUUCCUUCAAGUAGCACAACCAUUUUGAAGGUCUCUAAUACUAGUGAGAGAAGUGAUGGGGCAGAAGGUGCAAAUCUACCCAAGGUCAAGGCAAUGACAGUCCCUUGUAGAAAGAAGCACCGUGCCAAGUCAUCUAAACAAGACGUGUUCAAAGAUCCCAUCUUGCAAGAUUAUAUUGAAAAACAAAAUGCUUACUUUAAAAUGAUUGAUGAAUUUGAACUAUUAGAGGAGGAGGCUGAAACAGUUAGUGAUAGCUAGAAAGUGGUACAGUGAUUGAUGAAUUUGAACUGCCAAAAGAAGGAGACUAUAUCUAUUGAUAACUGGAAAUGUGAUGAAGAUGUAAUGUAAUGUAAGUAUAAAUAGCAGCUUGAAGCUUCUUUGUCAUGGUAGGUUGUAUAGUUGUGAUAUGAUAGUUUUUUUUUCACAAUGAAUUACUACCUCAGUGCCACAUCUCUGACCAAAUAAGUAAAUGCAAGUUCUUAAUAGAAUUUGUAGGAAGCCAAGGGAAAAAUCGAAGUUGAAAUUGUUUAACACUUACACGUCAAUAGUCCUCAUGGAAUCCUCUCAUAUACAGUUGUAAAUUACUAGUUGGAAUGUGGUAAUAUUCAUUCAAUUCAUAAAUUCAUGUUUUUGAAUA